CUGGCUUAGUUAAAGCCACCUUCAUCACCGAGCCGCCGAAACCACGUCCAAGGAGAAAUUGAAACGCCAGCGCCAAAUUGAAAAAGCCAAGCGAGCUGCCUACAAAGCACCACAUUAGGCCAUAAAAAGCUGGCCAUUUGGUGAUAGUGAUAGUAAUGCACCUCACCGCGGCCCUUUGGGCAUGUGGCGCCCUUUUGGCGGUGCUCCUCACCUGGCAGCAGCGCAAGUGCUGGCGGCUCAUCUGGCAGCUGAACGGAUGGCGCGGAGUGGUUCAGCAGCCGCUCCUGUGGCUCCUACUUUGCAUCAACCUGCAUCCCAACAGUAUUCUGGAGAAGGUUACGCAAUAUCGCGUGUACUUUCAGCGCCCCAUGGCCGUCCUCGUGGGCACCCGUGUCCUCGUCUAUAUCGAUGAUCCGGCAGGCAUGGAAUGCGUCCUCAAUGCCCCCGAAUGUCUGGAUAAGACCUUCCUGCAGGAUGGCUUCUUCGUUCGUCGCGGGUUGCUUCAUGCCAGAGGUCAGCAAUGGAAAUUGCGCCGAAAGCAACUGAAUCCAGCCUUCAGUCAUAAUAUUGUGGCUAGUUUCUUCGAUGUCUUCAACUCGGUGGGCAACCAGAUAAUCGAACAGUUCGCAUCGCAGCCCAAUCUCCAUGGCAAGGCCGUCAAGUUUACCGAUGCCGAGGACCUGCUUAGUCGAGCUGUCCUGGAGGUGUCCUGUCUGACUAUUAUGGGCACACCAACAAAUUUCACGCAAAUAGAUGACGCGCACAUUGCCCACAGUUACAAGCGACUCCUGGAGAUCUCGGCCGUUCGGGUGGUGAAGCCCUGGCUCCAGAUCCGAUUGUUGCACCGUUUUUUGGCCCCGGAGCUUUACGAGGAGUCCAGGAAGUGCGGCAAGUUGCUGGCCGACUUUGUAGGCGGAAUCGUGAGGACGAAGCACCGCAACUGGCGCCUGAGGGAGAAGUCUGGCGAGGAUUCUUCCGCCGGCUGGCAGAGGCGCAUCUUCAUCGAACAGAUCUUCCAGCUGGCCGCCAACGGGGAGAUGACCCUCGAGGAGAUCAUGCACGAGGCUCAGUCGAUGGUUCUGGUGUCCUUCGAGACGGUGUCCAACAGCAUUAUGCUGGCCCUCCUCUGCCUGGCGACCAACAAGGGCGAGUGCCAGCGACGAUUGCUGGCGGAGAUCAGGUCCCUGGUGCCGGACAGUGGGCAGGUGGGAUUGGAGCAGCUGCAGCAGAUGCGCUAUUUGGACGCCUUUGUCAGCGAAUCGCUGCGUCUUUUGGCCACUGUUCCCAUGAAUCUGCGCCAUGUUAGUAGGGAUUUUCAGCUAGCGGGCCGCGAGAGGGAGACGAUUGUGCCGCAGAACAGCAUCGUGGUGCUGGACACCUUCAAUAUGCAACGCGACGAGCGCUGGUGGGGCGCCACCGCCAAGCAGUUCGAUCCGCAGAGGUUCCUCGACCAUCAGGACCAGUAUCAGGAUCGGGAGCAGCAGUCCAAUGGGCAGGAGAAGGCUCGAAGGCAGCGGGACCGGCGACACUCCUACAGCUUCCUGCCCUUCUCCAAUGGACUGCGGUCGUGUAUCGGACGCCGCUAUGGGCUCUUCAUCAUAAAGGUCUUCUUGGUCAAGCUGAUCGCGAAUUUCGACUUUCAGAGCGAGUUUGAGCUGGACAAACUGCAGUUCGUGGAGAACAUAUCGCUGAAGUUCAAGAACGCCGACGACAUCUUGCUGGCAAUCCAGCCUCACAAGCAGUCCAAGGAAUCUACAUAGCGUACAUGUUUUGUUUUCCCUCAACUAAAUAUUAUAAAACUCUUUUUUUUCUUAAUUGUAUGUACCAAGUUACAAGGUAAUAUGUAAAUUAUUGUUACAGCAGUGCUAAUUGUCAUGAAUCUUACGCAGUCGAAAUAAAAUGUCCUCAUUUUGAGGUAGAUAGAAAAA